UUGUCUCGUCUCAUCACUUGCAAAUUUUCAGUGCCACCCAACGGCCUUGUGAUCUAUUGUGGUACGAUUGUGACUGAUGAAGGCAAAGAAAAGAAGGUGAACAUCGAUUUUGAACCGUUCAAACCGGUCAACACGUCACUGUAUCUCUGUGAUAAUAAAUUUCACACGGAGGCAUUGCAAGCUCUUCUGGCUGAUGAUAAUAUAUUUGGCUUCAUCGUAAUGGAUGGCAACGGUUCGCUUUUCGGUACUUUGCAAGGCAAUACUCGCGAAGUGCUGCAUAAAUUUACGGUGGAUUUACCAAAGAAACAUGGUCGUGGUGGUCAGUCGGCUCUUCGUUUUGCACGUCUUCGCAUGGAAAAGCGUCAUAAUUACGUGAGGAAAGUUGCGGAGAUGGCUGUGGAGAUGUUUAUUCGGAACGACAAAGUGAAUGUAGCUGGACUGAUUCUUGCCGGCAGUGCAGAUUUCAAGACGGAACUUGGCCAGUCCGAUAUGUUUGAUCAGCGACUGCAAGCAAAAAUUAUCAAAACAGUGGAUAUUUCAUACGGUGGCGAAAAUGGCUUCAAUCAAGCGAUUGAACUGGCCGAGGACGCCUUGUCGAAUGUGAAAUUCAUCCAGGAAAAGAAGCUUAUUGGUGGAUAUUUCGAUGAAAUAUCUCAGGUGUUGUAG